AUGGAACCCCGCGAAUUUGAAGGUGAAUCCGAUUUUCAAAGCCCCAUCGUCACAAAGUCUCCAUUUUCAGCACCACAACAAUCGUCGUCUCCUUCAUCGGCGCCGGCUCCAUCUUCGGUGAUUCGGCUGUGGAAACCGGCGGCUCAGCGAAACCUCAAGAACCAAUGGUCUAAGCUGCUUGCCCUUUUCCAGGACUGGUGCUCUUCGUCUUCCUCUGCCCGCUCACACGCCACGUCACUCGUCAACUCCUUUCUGUCUCAAAAGUACAUGAAUGGGAUGGAUUUGGGCGUGUUAAGUGACAUGCCAAAUAUUCGGAAGAAAGCUUGUCAGAAAUUGUUCAAGCAACAGGAGCUUUACAGGCGUAAACUCUUAUCGUGUUACAAAGAUAUGGUAGCUAUUGUGACUCGUAUGGUCAACUCUAGUAGAUCCAUGAGGUGUUAUUUGAAAGGUUCAAGAACUAGUCCGUUAGCUCAGUUCUCUUGCUCCUCUCAGAAUGACAACGACAGUGGUGAUGCUGGUGGAUUACCUGUUUUCACAUUUUGGUCAAUUGCUGCUUUUGAAGAACUAGCAUCAGAGGUUGUACAAAUGUUCAUGUCAGAACUAAAUUUAAAGAGGUUGCUCGUGAUGGAGUUGCUGUCCAUCUCUGAUGAAAAAGUUUUACACGAUAUUGAAUUGCAUUGGUCGGAUGAAUUCUAUGCGGGAGAAUUUGAUGAUCUAAGAACAUGUAACUUGUACUCGGAAGAAGCUCGUGAACCAGUAUUCCCAAGUCUUCAGAGCAACCGAUCUAGUACUUCCUCAAUGCAAUCUAAACACCAGGCAGAUAGUGAUGUUCUACAGGUUUAUCUAACAACCUGGCUUGCAGAGGUGAAUAUAGAUAGAUGCAGGUUGGAUGAAAUAUUUGCUAUUGUAGGAGAGGAAAUGCAUGUUACCCUUUCUUGA